GUGGGGGCGCCAGCUGCUGAUCAACCUCAAAGAAGUGGAAGACGAAGAAGAAGAUCCGCUGAAAUGCAAAUCCGAGAAGAAGAAUUCGGUCUGUCAUCAAUACGCGACAAAGAUGGCCGCCUGUGGGCUGUUCCGCUCCCUCUCUUCCAACUUUUUCACAGUUCUGCCUGUACUUACCCGCUCGGCAACACUUUCCCCGUUGCGGCUGGCUUCGCAACCUUACUUCGAAAGGACACUAGCCACUUCCUGUCGUUUAACAGCAGCACUUAAAUUCACAGACAAGCACGAAUGGAUCCGAGUAGAAGAUGACGGAAUUGGGACUGUCGGUAUCAGCAAGUUUGCUCAAGAGGCUCUGGGAGAUGUAGUUUACUGUGGACUGCCAGAAGUGGGAACGCAGCUGGUCCAGCAAGAUGAGUUUGGAGCUCUGGAAAGUGUGAAGGCUGCCAGUGAGCUUUAUUCCCCUUUGACUGGAGAAGUUGUAGAGGUUAAUACACUACUGGCCGACAAUCCUGGUCUGGUGAACAAAUCUUGCUACGAUGAUGGUUGGCUGAUGAAGAUGACCAUUGGCAACCCUACAGAGCUUGAUACUCUAAUGGAUGAAGCAGCCUAUGAGAGAUAUAUCCGCUCUAUCGAGGACUAAUCCAACCCAUCCUAGCAAGUGCUACGCGCUCUUACAAUCCUGGCAGGAAGAUCCACAAGUUGUGCCUGUGUCAGCUAUGAUGAAAUGCUUAGCACCCACCAGUGGAUCUCCAGAAAGCUGACCAAUGUAAUGCUGUGAACAUUAGAAAUCCCUCUAUCAUCUACUGCUUAAGACUGACUUUAAAAAAAGCACUUUGGUCUUCAAUUAUCAAUCAUAAUGUUGGUCGAUACUGCAUGCAUGACCGAUACAUUGUGGAUGUGGUACCUUUUUUUUAUUAGAAAAUAAACAAUUCCUGAGACA